GAAAAAAUGAAGAAAAACUUUUUGACUCUAAAGCGAAGUUGCAGUAGCCAAACGGGAGCCACUUCUGUAGAAGUUCUGUAAGUUAUACAAGGUUUAUAAGUGAACUCCUUACAGAGCUGAUGAAAGUGUAGGAAGUAGAAUUCCUGAGCAAACAAAGAAACAGGAAAAUCUGAAGAGGAAAUUGACUGCGUCACAGGGCCGAGAGCUCCAGAGCCACUUGUGUCAACUGUCUCAACGCUGGAGUCCUGAUCGACCACCUCAAAUGAAACUGCUCUAUCUCAUAGUGUGUACAUUUAUUUUGCUGGACAGCGGUCAGCAAUGUCAGCUGACGUGCCAUGAACAUGCUGAAUGUAAGACGGAGAAGGGGAGACUCGGCUGCUACUGCACUAGCGGAUAUACAGGGGACGGAAUUCAUUUCUGCGAAGAUGACAACGAAUGUCAAAAUGCCACCUACAUCUGCGGAGAUCAUGCAAAUUGCACCAACACGGUGGGCAGCUACUACUGCAUGUGUCUACCAGGCUUCACUUCCAGCAGCGGUGCGGAGAGUUUUAUGACCAAUGAUGGAACGUUCUGCCGAGAUAUAGAUGAAUGCCGCGGUAACAAGUGUGGCGACCACGCUCGGUGCGAAAAUACCGCUGGAGGGUACAAUUGCACAUGUCUGAAAGGUUAUCACUCGUCCUCAGGAAGCAUGUACUUUAAAGCAAAUGAUGGGACUUACUGUCAAGAAAAUGUCAAGAUUAAGUGUCAUCUGGAUGAUCAGUGCAUCUCCACAAACAUUAAUCAAACAAUUAGCAAGGUGAACACCAUCAAAGAGCCAAUAGCUCUUCUAAAAGAAAUUCAGAAGAGUACGACAAGAGAGCUCCUGCCAGUGGAUGUGAUUUCCUACAUUGAAGUGCUCGCUGCUUCUUCUCCGAUGCUAAGCACCUUCAAUAAGACAGCCCCAAACAAAGAGACGCUCACUAAUACCACCAUUACCACUUUUGUUAACACCGUGAACAACUUUGUUGAAAAGGAUAAAAUUACAGUUUGGAAGAAGUUGACUGAAGAAAGCAGAAGAAAAAGCAUAACCAAACUUCUGCACACAACCGAGCAGCUGGCGCUAGAUAUGUCCCAGAACUUCCAGAAGACAACCCAGCUAGACGUGGAUGCCAGUGAUAUGGCCCUCAAACUGUUUACCUUUGACUCUAACCACAUGAAACAUAUUCACCCGCAUGCUCUCAUGGAAGGAGAUUACAUCAAGAUUUCUCCAAAGAAAAAAGAAGCUUUGCCGCCUAAUGGUACAGUAAGCAUCGUGUUUCUUCGGUAUGACAGUAUUGGAUCUCUCCUUGCAUCACCUGAAAACAAGGCAGUAACAGACGAUUACAACACUUUAGAGACAAGUGAGAUUGUAAAUUCGCCAGUAAUUGCAGCAGCGAUCAGCUCUAAUCCUCCGACACUUUACCAACUGGAAAAAAUCCUGUUUGUUCUAAAACAUUUAGAGCCUUCUCCGGAUGCGGAAACAGCAAAAUGUGCAUUUUGGAAAUAUGCACCUGAAUCAUUGCUGGGAGAGUGGUCUACGGACGGGUGCGAGACGGAAUAUUCCAAUGUUACCCACACAUCGUGUAAAUGUAACCAUCUUACUCAUUUCGCUAUUCUGAUGUCAUCACCAAAUCAUAAACAGGUGCCCAUCCAUCACAGCGUCCUCACACGGAUCACCCAGCUUGGGAUCAUCAUCUCCCUGAUCUGUCUCUCCCUGUGUAUCUUCACCUUCUUCUUCUUCAGUGAAAUCCAGAGCACCAGGACGACAAUUCACAAAAACCUCUGCUGCGCAUUAUUUCUGGCCGAGCUGCUAUUUAUCAUUGGUAUAAAUAUGACGAAAAAUAAGCUUCUUUGUGCCAUCAUUGCUGGAUUACUCCAUUACUUCUUCCUUGCUGCCUUUGCUUGGAUGUGCAUCGAAGGGAUUCAUCUGUAUCUCAUAGUGGUCGGUGUCAUUUACAACCGAGGAUUCCUACAUAAAAAUUUUUACAUUUUUGGCUACUGCAGCCCAGCCGUAGUAGUUGGGAUUUCGGCUGUUUUGGGAUACAAGUAUUAUGGCACAGAUAAAGUAUGUUGGCUGAGCACAGAGAAUAAUUUUAUAUGGAGUUUUAUUGGACCAGCCUGUCUCAUCAUUCUCGUUAACCUGAUGGCAUUUGGAGUCAUAAUAUACAAAGUUUUCCGUCAUACUGCAAUGUUGAAGCCAGAAGUUAGUUGUUACGAAAACAUAAGGUCGUGUGCAAGGGGGGCUCUGGCCCUUCUGUUCCUUCUUGGUGCCACAUGGAUGUUUGGUGUCCUUCAUGUUGUAAAUGGGUCGAUGGUCACUGCCUAUCUCUUCACAAUCUCCAAUGCCUUCCAGGGAAUGUUCAUCUUCAUCUUCCUCUGUGUUUUGUCUAAAAAGAUACAAGAAGAAUAUUACAGAUUAUUCAAAAACGUGCCGUGUUGCUUCAUGUGUCUGAGAUAAACAGAUGGAGCGGCAGUGGUUUACAGUAAAUACUGGUGCCAGCUCAGUAAAGAGAUCUCCUACACGAUGGAACGAGACAUCAUCCACUAACAUGACGGCUGUGAUUGUCUCAUCUUCCGAAGGCCACAGGAUGCAUAUUUCUUUACUACGCGCUACAAUCUGCUCUGUAUUCCAUUUUCUAUGCUUGCUCUAGUACGAGGAAUAAAGUAUAGUAUUAUAGUAUACAAGACACAAUAGUACCCCAACUCCAAACAUCACCGUGCGAGCCGUAGAAACCAAUCAGAUGGGAGGCGGGUUAGAAAAUGAUUAUUGGCUGCUGAAGAUCAAAGACGUAACCUGAAUCUCCUUGGCCCCAGUGCAAACUCCGUAAUGGGGCCCACCAGUUCAUUUUGAAUACUGGUCUCAUGUGUAUCAGAAGGCUUUAGACCCCUCAGGCUCCAGGGCCUGAGGUACCCGUUCCCUGGUCAUUAUUGUGUACAGUAUAUUUUAUGUUAUUUAAUAAGCUUUCAGUGUCCUUUGUUCCUUUAUAGACACGUAACAUGAAUAGACAGCAAUGAGCAGCGGGUUUGACCUUUGGUUUUACAACGUGCAAUAUGUUAGGAAAUACGUUAUAUAGCGGGGCAAUAUAUCUGUACAAUGUGUUUACUGAACAGCCGGUCGGAGUUUGGAAAACAUGAGACAACCUAGCAACUGGAUACAUUGUAGCUGCCAACGCAUCUGAAUAAAAAAGCGGAAUAGUAUAGGCCAUGGCCUAUGAUUAAACGUAUCCUCCUGUAGAGGUAGUCCGCGAUGUAGAGGGAGGAGGCAUAUUUGGGUUCCCUGGAGGUGGGGUGGCUGCCUCACCCACCGCCCCUCCCAUUUGGGUUGCUACCGUUCCCUAGUAAAUGCUAGAGGUGAGGAUUCGGACGGAUGGAC